AUGGAAGCCUCCGCCGGCUCGUCGCCACCGCACUCCCAAGAGAACCCGCCGGAGCACGGUGGUGGCAAGGGGGAGGCCCCAGCGGAGGAGAUCGGCGGGGAGGCGGCGGAUGACUUCAUGUUCGCCGACGACACGUUCCCGUCACUCCCGAACUUCCCUUGCCUCUCCUCGCCGUCCAGCUCCUCCUUCUCGUCGUCCUCCUCCAACUCCACCAGCACCUACACCAACGCGGCAGGAGGAGCUGGCGGCGGUGGCGCUGAGGGCGCCGCCGGCGACCCCUCCGAGCCGGUCUCCACUGGGGAAGGGUUUGAUGCGUUCGAUGAAAUCGACCAGCUCCUCGACUUCGCGUCGCUAUCCGUGCCUUGGGACACCGAGCCGCUAUUCCCUGACGUUGGCAUGAUGAUAGAGGACGCUAUGUCCGCGCCGCCGCAUCAGGUGGGCGGCGACGCGGACGGAAGAGGCGAAGGGAAAGCCUUGCUGGAAGGGACAGGGGGAGAGGAGGCUUGCAUGGAGGCGGCGGAGGGGGACGACCUGCCGCGGUUCUUCAUGGAGUGGCUCACGAGCAACCGUGAAAGCAUCUCGGCCGAGGAUCUCCGCAGCAUCCGCCUCCGCCGCUCCACCAUCGAGGCCGCUGCAGCCCGUCUCGGCGGCGGACGCCAGGGCACCAUGCAGCUGCUCAAGCUUAUCCUCACCUGGGUGCAAAACCACCACCUCCAGAAGAAGCGCCCUCGCGACGCGAUGGUGGAGGCGGCUGGCUCGCAUGGCCACGGCCACGGCCAGCUCUCCAGCUCGGGCGCCAACCCCGGCUACGAGUUCCCCACUGGAGGCCAGGACAUGGCGGCUGCCGGUGGUACAUCCUGGGUGCCCUACCCGCCCUUCACGGCACCUGCUUACGGCGGCGAGGGGGUGUACCCGAGCGGCACCGGCCCGUACCCUUUCCACCAGCAGAGCUGCAGCACAAGCAGCGUGGUCGUGAACAGCCAGCCGUUCUCCCCGCCGGUGGUGGGCGACAUGCACGCGGCGGGCGGUGGAAACAUGGCCUGGCCACAGCAGUACGCGCCGUUCCCUGGCGCUUCCACGGGCUCUUACCCUAUGCCGCCCGUCGUGCCGCAGCAGUUCUCCCCCGGAUUCGCCGGGCAGUACUCCGGCGGCCACGCCAUUGCUCCCCAGCGCAUGGUGGGGGUGGAGGCUUCUGCGACCAAGGAGGCCCGGAAGAAGCGCAUGGCGCGACAGCGGCGCCUGUCUUGCCUGCAGCAGCAGCGGAGCCAGCAGCUGAACCUGGGCCAGAUCCAGGGCUCUGGCCACCCACAGGAGCCGUCCCCUCAGUCCACGCACUCUGCACCGGUAACACCGUCAGCCGGUGGCUGGGGAUUCUGGUCACCGGGCAGUCAGCAGCAGGUCCAGAACCCGCUCUCAAAGUCCAAUCCCUCAAGGCUGAUGCAGCAGAUGCCAUCGCCGGAGGGGAGCCCCCAGCGCUCGGCAGCUUCAGAUAAGCGGCAGGGCGCCAAGACAGACAAGAACCUGCGGUUCCUGCUGCAGAAGGUGCUGAAGCAGAGCGACGUCGGGAGCCUCGGCCGCAUCGUGCUACCCAAAAAGGAAGCGGAGAUUCACCUGCCGGAGCUGAAGACGAGGGAUGGCAUCUCCGUCCCCAUGGAGGACAUAGGAACGUCGCGGGUGUGGAACAUGCGGUACAGGUUUUGGCCCAACAACAAGAGCAGAAUGUAUCUUUUGGAGAAUACGGGGGAUUUUGUUCGCUCCAACGAGCUUCAGGAGGGGGACUUCAUAGUGAUCUACUCUGAUGUCAAGUCCGGCAAAUAUCUGAUACGGGGCGUGAAGGUAAGGCCAGCGCAGGAGGAAGGCAACGGUUCCGGCGCGGUAGGCAAGCACAAGCACGGGUGUCCAGAGAAAGCCGGUGCUUCAUGCGCCGAAGAUGGCGGCGGCGUCGACGGCACGGCCAAGCUUGACGGCGCCUGCAAGGGGAGGUCUGCGCAGAUGAGCCAAGGCCAGGGUGCCGCCUCCAUGAGCCAAAUGGCCGUCAGCACCUGA